AAGUUUGCAACUUGUACAUGUUCGUAUUUUGUAUAAGUUUUUAUCUCAGUGUGUCAGUGACUAUAUUUUAUUUUCUACUGAAGGAGCUUUUAGUGCACGGAAUAAACUAUUUCUGAUAAAACAUGGAACAAUUCUCGAGGACGACAUCGCAAAAUUCGCUGCGACAAAAAAUUGCUUGUAGCAGUUAUAGUCAUGAAGAUGAAUCUAUGUCCACAUAUUUCAUUAACCUGAUGUCACAAGCAAGAUGGCUGCCCAAUCAUAACGCGGAUAAAGAACUCAUAGCGGAUAUAAUGACCCAUUUUCCAAAAGAAGUUCAAGUUGGUUGGAAUGCAAGUAAAAAAAGUACGGUUUUAGAAGCGGUGGAGUAUUUAAGGAAACUGGAUGAAAUAGAAAUGUUGUCAGAAUUGAAAGAAAAUCAGCAGAGUGUGAAUAUAAACUGCAAAUACAGGAUACGUGUAAAAGAGACUGUGCCAAGUGGUAAUAAAACUACAGGUGGUGAUUUAGGCAAUCAACCUGCUAAUAAGAAAAUGAGACGUGAUUUCUAAAAUUAAUUAGUUGCAUGCAUGCUAGUAUUUAGGUACUUGCCUAUUACUAAUGUAAACUAUAAG